GCGCGGGCGCGAGGCGGCGUAUGGCGUAUGGCGGCGCGGGGUUGCGCCGCGGCCCGCGCCCGUCGCCCGUCAGUCGUCGGGUGAGCGGGGUGCGACGUAAACGCGGACUCGGACUAUGGCGGAAGGGCUGUUCCUCGCUCCCAUAAAAGGGUCGAGUUGAUUGUUGUGCAGUACGUGUGGUACGUUAUAAUGUUUGUGCAGUGAUAUAAUUAUUCUCAAACCGUCGUUAUCAUCGCGUAUCGGCCGAAUUAAUGCGGAUAACGUAGGUUUCCCUGCGCCCGGCAAACAAAAUGCACUAGCACUACGAAACAUGCAAUUUAAAAAUGGCUUCUAAGUAAACAUUACCCAUUGUUAAAGUUUUGUUAUAUUGUUCAUGGAACAAGAGAGAAUACUUAUGUAUACAUCAUUGAUAUUGUUAAACCAUUAGAUUUUAAGCCUGAACUGGUGGAAAUAAUAUCUUGCAAAGGAAAAUAAAAAGCAAAGAUGGCUACACAAAGAUUCUGCUUGAGAUGGAACAACCACCAGUCGAACAUGCUGUCGGUUUUCGACCAGCUGCUGCAUGCGGAGACCUUCACCGACGUCACGCUGGCGGUCGACGGCCAGCUGCUCAAAGCACACAAGAUGGUCCUUUCCGCCUGCAGCCCCUAUUUCCAAGCCCUCUUCGUGAACCAUCAAGAGAAACAUCCCAUCGUAAUAUUGAAGGACGUUCCUUACUCGGAUAUGAAGAGUUUAUUGGAUUUUAUGUACCGCGGUGAGGUGAGCGUCGAUCAGGAACGUCUAACGGCCUUCCUGAAAGUGGCCGAAAGCCUGAGAAUAAAGGGCCUGACUGAGGUCAACGAGGAGAAGUGCGACAUUCCCGCGCUCACCAACUCGCUGAUCCAGCAACAGAGCGGCAAUAACGCGCACACGCCGCCGCCGUCGGCGUCGCACGCGCCCGCGCACCGGGACCGCGCCGCCGAACAGUUGAUCAGGGGCUCACCGGAGAUGCUCGAGGUCAAGAUGUCCAUGGACGGGUUCGGCGCGGAGGAGGGCGCCACGUCGUGCGGUGAGGAGGCGGGCGAGGCGCUCAUGAUCGACGAGGGCGACGACGCCCACUCCAACGAGGCCCCCACCUCCGGCAAGGACUCUGAGUCUGCAGAUAUUGAAAAAACAAAAGAGGAGUCGUUUAACCACAAUCCGACAAACGGACCGACCCUAAAAGUUGAAAAUGGAUCCAUAAAGCAGGAGCCCGUCUCAGAAUCCGCCGACGAAUACAACGAGCCCAUCGAAUAUAAAUACAAUCCGGAAAGAAGCCGCGAAAACUCAAACUCGCAGGAAGGUCCCAUAAAAGACAUAGAAGACAAAACCAGACAAGGUCGUAAUCUAAAGCCAAAGAAUAGUAAAAAACUGCUACCCCAAAUGUCCAAAUUUAGAGCUCGAAACUUAUUCAGUCAGCUCUCCGGUCUCUCCAACUUGAAUCCAGCUCUAAAUAGUUUCGAUAAAUUUCCCCCCGAAACGGUACUGAUGCCGGCGCUCGCAACACAGUUGUUCGCGGCUGAACUCGAGCAGGGCAAUCUCAACUUGCCAGCUAACGAAAUAUCCGAUUUAUCCCAAACCAACUGGGAACAUCGCAUUUUCCCUUCCCCUAUUAGGAAAAAUAACAUAGGCAAUGUAGGCAGUUAUCACGAGGAGACCAAUGAAUCCGUAAGGGAUUAUUGCAUUAAGGAAGGUGAAAAUGUUUUUCGUUGCAAAAUUUGCGCGAGGGUGUACACCCACAUCAGUAACUUCUGCCGACACUAUGUCACGUCCCACAAGAAGGACGUCAAAGUGUUCCCUUGCCCUAUUUGCUUCAAAGAGUUCACUCGCAAGGACAAUAUGAUCGCGCACCUCAAAAUAAUACACAAAAAUCAACCGAACGCCGGCGAGCAAAUGGCGAAACAAGAGUCUUAAUUCCAAACUUAUAUUCGGCUACUUAAAUUCUUUUGGAAGUAAAACAGAUCUGAUUUACGAAGUAGGAUUGUUUUUAAGUAAUAGAAUUCGAUUUAAAUAUAGCAGCUAUAGUAGAUUGCAAUUGAUUAGGCGUUCGAGCUCUAAAUUUCACGAAUGUAUCAAUAAGUUUUGUUGAUAUUUUAUGAAUAAUACGUCGUUUGUUGUUAUAUUUAUGUAUUUAUAUUUGUUUGUUCCAUUUGUUUCUGAGUGCUUGACCUCGGGAGAUGUUUACGAUGGAUUCUAUGAUUUACUUGUUAUUUUGCACUCACUUGUUACUUAAUUUUAUUACUUACAAAAAUUUCAGGGUACAAAUAAACUUACUCAUGGUGAUUUUAUCGAGCGUAGUCUGUUCGGAUUACAUGCAAUUCUCAUUGAACUGAAUUAGUUAGUAUAGGUUUAGGUGUUACUUUACGAGUAUACCAAUGGCGCGGCCUUUUUGUAAAAUUAUACUUAAAUAUUAAUAAGACGCUAAAAUUGUAAGCAAGUUGCAGAUAUCCUAAUGAAGAGGCUAAACAAUUUACAAAAAGGUUGGGAAUGUACGCCAGCGUCUUUACGUAGUGGUGUGGAAUGCAUUUUCGUUUAACUUGCCUUAAUAGUGAUCUUAGAUGUUAAUAAGAUAACUUCUCCGAAGUAAAACUCAACACGGGCUAUGAUAAUUUCUAGGUUUUUUUGUUAAGAUUAAUUUAAAAUAUUUUAUCAAUGUUAAUAUACUUGAAUAUAGGAUUACGAAAUAUGAUUGUAAACAUUAUAUUGUGACAACAAACUUACAUUAUUCAUUAAAAAUCUCGGUAAAUAUUAAAUACUUAGUAGAUUAGAGUCAGUUCCUCAUUAUGUAUAUUGACAGUUUUACAGCUCUGAAUAAGCUAAAAAUAUUUAACUAAUCCACGUGCACAUCGUAGUGAUGUGUAAAUGAUAUAUUUAUUAAUAGAAAAAAAAUCUAUAUAUUAAAUAUCAGUUUCUGUCAAAGACAAUAUAAUAGAGAAAAUAUAUUAGAAUUCACAAUAUAAGGGACAAAGAGAUAUAAACUAUAAAAUAUUCUAUUUAAUUUUAAUGAUUUAGUAAAAAAAAAUACAUAUUUUUCCGGGGAUAAAAUCGAGAGAGGUAUAAAUGAUAUUGUAUAUAUUUGUAACGGUACCACAUUGUGUUGUCAUGUGAUUGAGGGAGGUGCUUUGAAAAAAAAAAUAUAUUACUGGAACCAUGAGAUGAUUUGUAAAUUCUAUUUUAUUAGUAAACGGAACACCUUAAUAGUAAGGAGAUGUACUUAUAAUGUUUUAUUUAAUUAAUAGAAAAUGUAGUCUUCCAUAUCUUAUAGUAUCACAUUAUCGAAUACGGAAUAUCAGUUAUACCCUUGUUAUGAGAAAAAUCUAUUUCGAUUAGUACAACAUGUUUAUGUUGAUCCAAAAUAUAAAUGUUUCCAACUUAGGAGCGGAGGGAACGCUUGCCUAUUAGUGUGCCUUUACUUGUAAUAAAAUAAGUUAAUUCACUAUGACUACUAGUUGACUAAGAAAUUCAAAGAAUAUUAUGUAUAAUUAUUUAUUUUCAUUAUUCAGAGUUUACAAAUCUACUUUAAGAAGCUUCCUUAGUAAUAGUAACCUUUAGGCCCGGGUAGUUAAACGUAACAAGGAAUAUACGUAAGAACAUCAUCUCAUGUUCCCCUUUUCUUGGAAAUUAGAGACGAACUGUAAAUUAACUACAAAAAAUAUACAAGAUUCUAAGGCUUUCGAGGCCGAAUAAUCAAAAUGAAGACUGUAAAAAUCAUUAUAAAAACGAAUUUAUUGUACCUACCUUUCAUAAACUUUAUAUGAAAUUUAUCUCGAAAAUUCGUUGGGUACUUAAAAUGGAGGGAAAAUAUAUUUAAUUUAGAGGUGAGGCUAUAAAAGGGAAAGAGGAUAUUAAUAGUCAAUUUAGCCAGUGCCUAAGCCUGCCUUUUAGAAAAUUGAAGACAUUUUAAUCAUUUUUGAUUCCGAUACAGAUGUAUCCGGUGUUCCUUUGAUUUGUAGAUAAUGGCUAUAACACUUUAUUUAUAAACGACAGAGUUAUAUAAUAAUUUUAAUAAACAAACAACAUUAUUUAUUGUUAAAAGCUAUAUCAUCGAUUGGUGCUAAAUUAAACUUAAGAAAAAAUGUCACAUUUGAUGUGACAUUAAAAAUAUAUUGUCCCUAAUAUAUUACAUUAUAUAUUAUUUGUUAAAUUGUUAUUUUAAAUAUUGUAAGUUCCAUUUCUGUAGAGGCAAAUAUUACGAAGUGGAAAUUAAUUUGCAGUUCAAACUUACAAAGCUAUAAAACUGGUUAAUCCAUAUUAAAUACAGAGAUAAUAUAAAAUAAUAUAUUGCAUCAUCAUAUGUAGAAUAUAUAAUAUUGUUGGCUCUUCACAGAUAUUUAUUUAUUGUUUAUAGCUAGAGGAAUACACAUAUUUCAGUGUUACUAUUAUCAGAAUUUCUUAACUAUUUAAAAUAUGAAUGUAUAUUUUUUUUCUUCAAGAUAAUAUCUGUAUGACAGUGCUUAGAGAGUUGUUAAUAUUAAUUUGUAAAUCGUUAUUCGAUUUCUCUACUCUCAAUAAGUAAUUAGAAAUGUAGCGCUACAAGUUUGAAAAAGGGUUAUAGAAUUUUAAAGAAUGAUCUUUAGAUGCUCUUAAUUGUAGAUACAAUAGAUAAUUGAUUUGUUAAGCAAUUCGAGAAAUUAAUGGGGCCAAUUUUGUGCCCGAGUCGAUAAAGUUUAUUCCAUAAUUAUUGUAUUAAAAAUUCGUUUCUAGCGUCAAUAGUGAUCGGAAAAUAAUUUGACUUAACAGUUAUGAUGAAAAAAAUCUUGGUUAGAAUGUAUUUAAAUGGACCAAUUGUCCUUAAUUCACAGAAAAAAUAUGAAAAACCAUGAAAAUGUUAUUAAAAUAUUUCCCGUUCACUAUAAUACAAAACAGUUAUAAUAAAAAGUUAUUUAAAAUGUACUGCCUUAAAUCAUCUCAAUUAAAUCUUGCCUUAUAUUAUACCUGAAUAAAUAUUAAAAGAAAAAAAUCAGGCAGUAAAUUUUGAGUAACUUGUAGAUAAUUUUCGGCUCAGUGCCUCAAUGUAGUUUAAAUAUGAUCAAUGCAUUAAAAUUUUACCUCUCAUAAGCAAAACCAAUAGCUCUAUUUAAAAAAUAUUUAUCUUCAAAUAAACAGACGAUAUUAUAUUAUAUUGAUAGUCUAUAGCCAAGUUGAAUCCAUAUCUUUUUUGGUUAUGCACUUAGGCAAUAGAAAAUGCAAAAGUAAUAUAGCAAGGACUAGUAUGGUUACAUGACAUAGAAUUAUUUGUUCAUGAAAAAUUCAUCGUUAUACAAUAAGGUGUUAAUUACUAUUUUUAGAAUCUUUAAAGAGAAUAAUAAAAGUUACAGCAAAACUAGAAAAUCUUUUGAAUUCGUUAUGUUAUGUUUCAAAUUGUUAUAAUUUUAUUUUUACCUCUUUUUGUUUUUGUAUCUUAUUACGACAUGAGGUCGUAUAAGAAUUUGGCGAAUGUGAGCCAAAAACAACAAUUAAUUUUAUGACUUAAUUCUUUUAAGAUAUAUUUUCAGCGUUGUAGGAAAAUUGUCUAGAGUUUAAAUGCAAUUAUUUAUCAUUUUAGUUCCACAAAUCGAUUGAAAUAUGCGCGUUAUUUGAAGAUACUUUAACCGUGGAUGUUCACUAACGAUACAGCAUAAAAAAGAUAUAUUGUCAUCGCUUUGAUUCUCUUUUUAAAAACAGAUACUGUCAUUCUUCAUUUGUUUCUGCAGUGUAAACCCACGGUUAAGAAGAAAAAACUACAUCGAAGUGUCACAUUUGUAAACAAAGUUCUAAGGUGAUAAACGCAACGACGAUGCUAUUUUUGACUUUAUAAAAAAAUAUACAUUACUAUAACAUAUAUUUUAAUUGUUAAAGUAGCAAAGUAACAACACGGGUUAUUAGUAAAGAUUAGAAUAAGUAUUUAUAUUAUAAUUUAGUUUUAAAUUGUGUUGUUAACAAUGGAGUGAAUUUUCUAAAGUGUAGAAAAUGUGUAGUCAGGAAGUGAGGACUGAUCAGGUAGGUAUGACACUGUCCACGUGUCCUAGCGGUGUGGUUAGAGCUAGAUUUAUGUUUAACAAUAUGCUUUCUAUGUUGCUCAAAAUGACGCUAUGCGAGAACAAAGUAUUUUUGGUUCAGUACAAAAUAUUGCUUUUGUGAUUUUUAUUUUACUAUUAAAGUUUUUUUUUUCUUUGUUACGAUCUGUAGAUUAUGAGGCUUUAUAUCUUUAAAUUCUUGUUAAUUGUUUUGAUUUCUAUUUUUUUUCUCUACAUACUUAUAUUUACUUUAAUUAUCUUGUUAUGUUUUAAUUAUGAUUCGGAAUGCAGCUACAAAUGUUUUAUAUCGAUUUUCAACUUAACAACCCACCUUUUGUGAUCUUAAGAAGCUAAGAGAGCUGAAGCGUUAUUAUUUAAUUACGUACCAACAGGUACUACCGAACUUGCCGAAAUAGUUCCAAAUGCAAUCACUUGAGUCCUAUUAUUUAACAUAGUUAGAAACUUCUUUUUUGUUAGAUUUUUUUUAUUUAUUAUUUAGCAAUACGAUUAUUUUUUAAAUAGUUUAAUUAAGAGGUUUGACUUUGCAGCAGUUUGACAUAUUUCUAAAUAUACAUUUGUUUAAAAUUCACUGCCUAGAUUUGUAUAAUAAAUUAGAUUGCACAGAACAUGCAGUGUAGAAAAUGAAAACGUUUCUUCUUUUCAAUUCGACAUUUUGUUUCCUUAGUUUUAUAUAUUUUAUUUUAGGAUUCAUUGCAUGGAUGAAUUUGUUUCUCAGCAUCUAUAAAAUUGUUUUUUUUUGUAUAAAGUGAAUGUUCUUGGUGCUAUUUGGGACAUACUGUAUGUCUCGUACUUGUAACAAACGGUUGAGCCGUGUGUACGGCGGCAGGCGGCCGAGCGACAGGUUCAUCCAUGAAGUAGUUCCAUUAUUGUCUCCUUCUUUAUCAUGGUGUAGUAAAUUUCCUCAUUCACUUUGAACAAAUAAAUAAUUAUUAUAUUUUC